CAUUAGUCUGAACCUUUCUAUUCAUGGUAAUUGCCGUGUUUCUUCUCCCGUUGACGUUUACUUGACUUUGCGCAGUGAGGAAAGAGCACAUAAAGAGAAAUGUCUCCUGUUAAUUAAUUCUACAUCACAUCUUUGCCUACUCUGGAAGGUCGGAAUCAAAUUUUGGAAGAACCAGAAUUCAGCGAAACAACUUCAAGAGCAUCAACUGCACAUAAAUAGACUUUUCCUUAAAGAGGACCUCGACACAGCGAUCCAAUAUUUGAUAUAAUUGUACCUGGAAAGGGCUGAAGUUUGGCUAUCUAACGUGCUCGCAUACUGGAGGAUUGAGGGAUUUGCCUUUGCUUUUGCAUUCCUAAGUGUGUUAUCAUGCCAGAGGAUCCGUCCACUGAUGUUUCUCACGUUGCAGCUUCAGGAUUCGUCACUGAAAUAACUCAACUUAUAUUUGAAACAAUGGAUGCUGCAAAUUCUGUUGUUGUACAGCAGGAAAAUUUCAAUAAAUUUUCAAAUUUCUUGGAGAAGAUUGCAUUUGUCCUAAAAGAGUUAUCGAAGGCUGGAACCAGUAAAAUCACUAACUUAAGUCCUGCUUUUGAGGAUCUCAAGCUGGAGAUAGAAUUGAUUAAGCAACUAGCUUUGGACUGCAGAAAUAGGAACAAAAUUUAUCUCCUAUUGAACUGUCGGAGGAUUGUCAAGUUCUUUGAGAGUAGUACUAGGGAUAUUACUCAGACUUUGUUGCUAAUGACAACGGAACCUCUGAAUAUUUUACCAGAAAUCGCUGAUCAGCUGAAAGAUUUAUGCAAGAAAAUGCUGGAUACUAAGUAUGAUGUCUCUACCAAGGAGGAGGAAGUUUCAGUGAAAAUUGAAUCAGGAAUACAAGAGAGGAAUGUCAAUAGAUCCUAUGCAAAUGAUUUGCUCAUUUGUAUUGCCAAAGCUGUUGGAAUAGCAAAUGAGCAAUCACAACUGAAGAAAGAAUUUGAAGAAUUCAAGAGAGAAACUGAAAGUAGUGAACAAGGGAAGAACCUGGCUGAGACAUUACGGAUGGAAGAGAUCAUUAUAUUACUUGGCAAGGCUGAUUUGCUUACAACUGCAGAAGAAAAGCAGACAAAUUACUUGACUAAAAGGAACUCUUUGGGUAGGCAACCAUUAGAACCUUUGCAAUCAUUUUAUUGCCCGAUUACUGGAGAUGUCAUGGAAGAUCCGGUGGAGACUUCUUCCGGGCAGAUAUUUGAAAGGACAGCGAUUGAGAAGUGGUUAGCAGAUGGCAAUAAGCUGUGCCCCUUGACCAAAAAUCCCUUGAAAAGAUCAGAUCUCAGGUCCAAUAAAACGCUGCGUCAGUCAAUUGAAGAAUGGAAAAACAGAAACAUCAUGGUCACGAUUGCUUCCCUAAAACAGAAAAUUCAGACAAACGAUGAGGAAGAAGUGCUUCAAUCUUUGCAGAAGUUGCUGGAGUUUUGUGUAAGGAGUGAGCUGCAGAGAGAAUGGAUAGUGAUGGAAAAUUACAUUCCAGUUACUAUAGAUCUUCUAUCUGCAAAUAAUACUGAAAUAAGAAAGUCUGCUUUAAUGAUACUUUACGCCCUCUCAAAGGAUAGUGAAGAAGGCAAGGAAAGAAUAGGUACAGUAGAUAAUGCUAUUGGAUUGGUGGUGCGAUCCCUUGCGCGCAAGCCUGAAGAAAGCACAUUGGCUUUGCAACUGCUUUUGGAGCUANCAUAA